AUGCGAAUUAUCAAUGCAAAACAAAUUAGUGAACUACAAAAGAAGACUUGUAAAAUAAGGAAUAUAUGCAUUGUAGCACAUGUCGAUCAUGGCAAAACUACUUUGGCCGAUUCUUUAGUAGCUAGCAAUGGCAUUAUUUCGCCAAAAAUGGCUGGCAAAUUACGUUACAUGGACAGCAGACAGGAUGAGCAAGAACGUGGAAUUACUAUGAAAAGCAGUAGUAUUUCUCUUUACUACACAAAUCAAUCUGAUGAAUGGUUAAUCAAUUUAAUAGACUCUCCUGGCCAUGUUGAUUUUUCUAGUGAAGUCUCUACAGCUGUUUGCCUUUGUGAUGGAGCUAUCGUAGUGAUUGAUAUUAUUGAAGGAGUAUGUGCCCAGACCAGAUUAGCACUCAAGCAAGCAUGGCACCAGGGUUUGAAACCAGUAUUAGUAUUAAAUAAGAUUGAUCGAUUGAUAACAGAAAGAGCAUUAUCAUCUCUAGAUGCAUAUGUUUAUCUCUGUCAAGUUUUGGAACAAGUUAAUGCUGUAAUGGGUGAAUUAUUUGCUGCUGAUGUUAUGGCAAAGGAAAUUGAUGCAAGCAAGACAAAUAAAACAGAUGAAAAUUCUGCUGUAUAUGAUUGGAGCUCAGGUUUGGAAGAAGCUGACGAUUCUAAAUUGUAUUUCACACCAGAAUCUGGAAAUGUUUUAUUCGCCAGUGCAGCAGACGGUUGGGCUUUUGGUGUUGAAGAAUUUGCUACAGCAUAUUCUGAAAAAUUAGGUAUAAAAAAAGAGCUGCUUCAAAAAGUCUUGUGGGGAGAUUUUUAUCUUGACAGUAAAACAAAAAGAUUCAAAAAGGGAGCACAGGAACAUGCAAAAAAGCCAUUAUUUGUCAAGUUUGUUUUAGAUAAUAUUUGGUCUUUAUAUGAGAUAAUCCUCAUCAGAAAAGAUAAGGAAAAACUGCCAAAUAUUGUAGAAAAGUUGGAGAUAAAACUAACAGCAAGGGAUAUGAGACAUACAGAUCCAAAGGUCCAACUUCAAGCAAUUUGUUCACAAUGGUUGCCAUUAGCAAAAGCUGUAUUGAAAAUGGUUUGCGAGAAAGUACCGUCUCCUAAAGAAAUAUCAGCAGAAAGAGUGGAUAGAAUGAUGUGUUCAAAAUCCGAGAGAUUUGACUCAUUGUUGGAACAAACACAAAUGCUGAAAAAUGAUAUUAUUAGUUGUGAUUCAUCAGAGCAAAGACCUGUUAUAGUUUACAUAUCAAAAAUGUUUUCAGUGGACAAAAGCUUAUUGCCAAAGAACAAAAUGCAGCCACUUACAGAAGAAGAUAUUAGCAGACGAAGAGAAUUAGCUAGAGCAAGACAUAUGGAAAGAUUAGCACAGUUAGAUGCAAAUUCAAGCGCUUUAAUUGAAACCACCGAAAACAUGGCCAACUUGCAAGUUACUGAAGAUGAAGAAAUAAAUAUUCUCGAGGAUACCUUCAUUGCAUUUGCAAGGGUGUUUAGUGGUACCUUAAAGAGAGGACAAGAAGUUUAUGUACUAGGUCCAAAGUAUAAUCCAAAAUUUGUUAAUGAAGAUGAAAUUGAUAUCAAGUUAACACUGAGUGAUUUAAAAGGGAAUCAGCAUGUUACUAAAACAACAAUUAAGGAUGUAUAUUUACUUAUGGGACGUGAACUUGAAGAAUUGCAAGAAGCGCCAUGCGGCAAUAUUAUAGGAAUUGGAGGACUUGAAGAGCAUGUAUUAAAAACAGCUACAAUUUCAACAAGCUUAUAUUGCCCAAGUUUUAGUGAUAUACAAUAUGUGGAUCCGAUAGUCCGAGUUGCAAUAGAACCUAAAAAUCCUAAUGAUAUGAGUGCUUUAACUAAGGGUUUACGAUUACUUAACCAAGCAGAUCCAUGUGUUCAAAUUUUACUGCAAGCCACAGGAGAGCAUGUUUUAGCUACUGCUGGGGAAGUUCACUUGGAAAAAUGUUUAGAGGAUUUGAGAUUACGAUACGCCAAAAUUCCGAUUAAAGUUUCCGAUCCCAUUGUUCCAUUUCGAGAAACUAUUGUUGCACCUCCAGUUGUGGAUAUGGUGAACGAAAAUUUGCAGGAUCAAAAUAAAGCCCAUAUUGAACAGUAUGAUGAUACUAAAACUACUAUUGGAAUUUGGACAGCGAAUAAGCAAAGUUCAAUUAUUAUGACUGCAGUACCUCUGCCACAACAGGUUUUAGAGUUAUUAGAAAAAAACACUCAACUUUUGAAAUCCAUUGAAUAUUACUUUAAUAUCAACUUGAACAUAAGCAAAGAUAAAGAAAUAAAUCAAUCUAAUCUAACUGAAGGAGCAGUUAAUGCCAUAAAAAGUUUCAAAGAAGAGCUUGCUAAAACAUUUAAUGAAGCAGGUUCAGAUUUUGAAAAUUUUGUGGACAAAAUCUGGAGUUGUGGCCCGAGAAAAUGUGGAUCAAAUUUAUUAAUAAAUAACACCAGUGAUUAUAAACGAUCAUCAUUAUGGAGUUCAAUAAACAGAAAUUCAGAGGAGGAAGAACAAAGUAUAUCAUUUGAUAAAAGAAAUGAAUAUGACAGUAGUUUUAUUAAUGGUUUUCAAAUGGCUACUUUAUCUGGGCCGUUAUGUGAAGAGCCAAUGCAAGGAGUUUGCUUUAUAAUAAAAGAAUGGAAUAUUGUAGAAAAUGAUUCUUCUGGUUCGACACAACCUUAUGGUCCUAUAUCAGGCCAAAUUAUGUCCGCUGUGAAGGAAGGAUGCAGAAAAGCUUUCAUCGCACGUCCACAGCGUUUGGUUGCAGCUAUGUACAGUUCCAGUAUUACAGUGAACGGAGAAGUGCUCGGUAAGUCAAUUGCAUCUUUCAUCUUGGUAGUUAGUUAGCAUGUUGCAGCAUCUUCUCAACUGAAUUGUAACCCUAGAUGAGCGCACGUAUUCAGGUACUCAUUAUUCUUUUCAAUUUUUUUGCGUCUGAGAAUGUCGAACACACAAUAAAAGUUGUUUUCGUUUUUCAAACGCAUUUAUCUAGACGUCUUCAUCGCGAAUAUUGUAAUUGCAAUAUAUGCAAUAGCGGUCAUUCCUCCAAGCAAAGAAUGUUUUAAUAAACGUUUUAUAAAAAU